AUGAAUGACGACCCCCCCGUUGUUGAUGUAAUCAAAAGCAGCAUUGAUUGGGGCAAGAUUGACCUUGCGUACCCUCAACCCCCAAAGCCGCCCGGCAGUAACACUGCUCUGCCCCGGCAUAGAAGCCCGUCAUUUCCCAAGAUCCAGUAUUCUUUUAGCCCGCAGUCUAAGGCGGAAGUCGAGAAACAACGGAGCCGGCGCCAAGCUGUGCGCGACGUUUUUGAGAAGGACUGGCAGCACUACCGUGCACACGCAUGGAUGAAGGAUGCUGUCAAUCCUAUUUCUGGCACCGCAAAAGACCAAUUUUCGGGCUGGGCAGCGACUCUUGUCGAUUCUCUCGACACGCUAUGGAUCAUGGGGCUCCGAGCUGAAUUUGACGAGGCCGUCGAGGCCGUCGCCAAGAUUGACUUCGGACAAUCCUCCACAUCCCGAGUCAACAUGUUUGAAUCUACAAUUCGUUACCUUGGCGGCCUGCUGGCCGCCUAUGACCUCAGCAAACGUGACGUACUUCUCACCAAGGCCACUGAAAUUGGUGAUCUUCUUUACGGCGCCUUCAAUACACCAAACCGCAUGCCCGUCGAUUUCAUCAGCUUCAAUCAAGCCAAGACCGGUCAAGGGCUUACCGUCGAGGCCUGGGUUGUGUCGGCUUCGCCUGGGACUCUAUCGCUUGAAAUGACGCGGCUGUCUCAGGUCACUGGCGACAUGAAGUACUACGAUGCUGUGACGGGCGUCAUGGAGGUAUUCCGAGACCAGCAGUCAAAGACUCACCUACCUGGUCUGUGGCCCAUCUGGGUGUCCAUGAGAGACAAAAACGUCAGCGCGAGAAGAGAGUUCACCAUUGGAGGUAGCGCUGACUCGUUGUUCGAGUACCUUCCGAAGAUGUACGCUCUCCUUGGUGGCUCAAGCCCCAUGUACGAGACCAUGACAAAGGACUUUCUCAAGACAGCGAAUGAAGUCAUGUUUUUCCGACCCAUGCUUCCCGACGAAGCCGAUAUCCUCAUAUCUGGCAAUGUUAAGGUCAGCGAAGAGGGCAAGGUCGUUUUCGACCCCGAGAGCGAGCACCUGACGUGCUUCAUCGGCGGUACCGUCUCUCUGGCCGGGCGGAUAUUCAACAAGCCCGAGGAGGUCGAAACAGGGAAGAAGUUGGCCCACGGAUGCGCCUACGCUUACAACGCCUUUCCAUCUGGCAUGAUGCCAGAACGUUACAACAUGGUCCCUUGCUCGCCAGCCAGGGCAGAUGUGUGCAAGUGGGACGAGGCCCUCUACGUCCGUGAAUGCGACAAGCGGCACGAAUACAAGCCGCAUUUGCCUAAGGGCUUCACCACAGCGAAGGAUCCCAGAUACCUAUUGCGACCCGAGGCUAUAGAAAGCGUAUUCAUCAACUAUCGCAUCACCGGUGACCCAGCGUGGCAGGACAUCGCCUGGACCAUGUUCAAAGCCGUCACCAGGGGAACGGCGGCGCAGUACGGCCAUGCGUCUGUCAAAGAUGUCACCUUGGCGACAGAGGAGCUGCCAAAGGAAGAUUACAUGGAGAGCUUCUGGCUUGCCGAGACGCUCAAAUACUUUUAUCUCGUUUUUUCACCACCUGAUUUGAUCAGCCUGGAUGAAUACGUUUUGAGCACAGAAGCACAUCCUUUCCGGAUGCCGGAGCGAAUGUAUACCUGA